AUGUAUAAGUCAGUUCUACGAGCUGCGCCGAGAUGCGCAUCACCGCAAACCAAAUCUGUCAUCAAUACCGCUUCUGCGAGACGAUUUUUAAGUACAGCACCACCCUCACAGAAGUCCCGGAGUUGGAAAAGUAGUGCUGCGAGAUGGGCAGUGGCAGGUGCAGGAAUAUACUGGUAUAAUACGAGCAAUGUUUUCACGGACGAACCGGAAGCAAUUCAAAAACUCGAUGAAUCAAUACAUAAAGUCCGAGAAUCAGAUUUACCCACCUUAGAUGCAGUAGUUGAGGAAAAGCGAAAGCGACAAGCAGAAGCAGCGGCAGAACAGGAGAAGAAGGAACACGAGUUAGCCGCGAAAGAAGUUGCUGCAGAAGAUGGAGCCGAUGAGGAAGGGGGCAUGGAAGGAUUAGAGGAUGAAGCUGGUCAACAAGGUGCAUUCAAUCCAGAAACUGGUGAGAUCAAUUGGGAUUGUCCUUGUUUAGGAGGUAUGGCACAUGGGCCUUGUGGAGAAGAGUUCAAAGCCGCGUUCAGCUGUUUUGUUUACUCUAAAGAGGAGCCAAAGGGUGUCGAAUGCAUAGAAAAGUUCAAGGGAAUGCAAGAUUGCUUCCGAGCACACCCAGAGAUGUAUGCAUCGGAAUUGGAGGAUGAUGAGGCCGAGGUAGAGGAGGAACUUAGAGCAAGAGAGGCGGCAAAUGGAUCAGAGAAAGGUCCAGAGGAAGGUUCAGAAUCAUCAAAACCAUCCACGCCAAAAUCUUCGGUAUCAAAGAAAUCUGAAGAGAAAUCCGGUGGGAAGUCCUCGGAGCCAAUAACACCAACCACACAAAAACCUACCGAGUCGAAAUCAAGCCCCAAAGAAGAGAAACAUCGAGAUAGCCAAAGCAGCACGGUACCAGAGCCUACACAAAAUGCGGGGGAUGAAGGGGGAGAAUUAGUGCCAAGAGCUGCUCAUGAUGCUACUUCGAAAAAAUAG